AUGUACAGGGAUUUGAAGGAAUACUACUGGUGGAAUAAUAUGAAGCGUGAAAUUAUAGAAUUUGUAACAAAGUGCUUGUUUACUAUUGGGAUAACACCAUAUGAAGCAUUGCAUGGGAGGAAAUGUAGAAUUCCAUUGUGUUGGGGUGAAAUGGGUGAAAGAAAGUUAUUGGGUCCAGAAAUGAUUGAACUUACAACAGAAAAAGUGAAGAUAAUUCAGCAGCAUAUGAAAGUAGCAUAUGAUAGACAGAAAAGUUAUGUGGGUGUGCAAAAAAGAAGGGAUUUAGAGUUUGAAGUUGGUGAUUUUGUUUUUCUUCGUAUUUCUCUCUAG